CGCUGGACUUGACCGCGUGCUGGCGUAUAUAAGGAUCGGGGUUUCCGCCUCCCUGGGUGCUCGAUUUCUCUGGUAGCUCUUUGUCUUCUUUUGGGUUGAUACUCUGCGGGUUCAGCCACCAUGUAUCAAAUCGGCAACAUCUACGGCAUCACUGCCAUCGCCGUUAUUGGCGGUGGCUUGUUCGGUUUCGACAUCAGUUCCAUGUCGGCCAUUCUGCCUACGCAACAGUACCGCUGCUACUUCAACCAGGGACCCUCCUAUGCCGACGACCCAGAUGGCUGCUCAGGUCCCACCGCCAACGUGCAGGGUGGCAUCACCGCCGCCAUGCCGGGUGGUUCCUUUUGUGGUGCCCUCAUCUCCGGCUGGAUCACCGACCGGCUUGGCCGUAAGACGGCCAUCCAGAUCGGUUCCGUUAUCUGGUGCAUUGGUUCCAUCAUCUCGUGCGCGUCUCAGAACAUCGCUAUGCUCAUCGUCGGCCGCUUCAUCAACGGUAUCGCCGUCGGUAUCUGCUCUGCUCAAGUCCCUGUCUAUGUCUCCGAACUGGCUCCUCCUUCAAAACGUGGUCGUGUUGUCGGUGCCCAACAGUGGGCUAUCACAUGGGGCAUCUUGAUCAUGUUCUACAUCUCCUACGGCUGCACUUUCCUCGAAGGACCUCAGGCUUGGCGUGUCCCGUGGGCUCUUCAGAUGCUUCCUGCAGUCUUCCUCUUCUUCGGCCUUCUUCUCCUGCCUGAGUCGCCUCGUUGGCUCGCCCGCCACGACAAGUGGGAAGAGUGCCAUGCUGUGCUCACCCUGGUCCACGGAAAGGGAGAUCCCAACGCGCCAUUCGUUUCCCUUGAAUUGAACGAGAUCAAGCAGAUGAUUGAGUUCGAGAGGCAAAAUGCCGACGUCUCUAUCAAGGAGCUGUUCCGCCCCAGGAUGUUGAACCGCCUGCACAUCGGUGUCUUCACCCAGAUCUGGAGUCAGUUGACGGGUAUGAAUGUCAUGAUGUACUACAUCACCUACGUCUUUGGUAUGGCUGGCCUGAAGGGCAACAACAACCUCAUCGCCUCCUCCAUUCAAUACGUAAUCAACGUCUUCAUGACCAUCUUCGCCCUCAUCUUUAUCGACCGCUGGGGCCGCCGCUAUCCCCUCAUGAUCGGCGCCACCCUCAUGGCGACCUGGAUGUACGCCAACGCCGGCCUGAUGGCCUCCUACGGACACGCCGCUCCUCCAGGCGGUCUCAACAACAUCGCGGAGCAGUCCUGGGAAAUUGGCGGCGCACCCGCGAAAGCCGUUAUCGCGUGCACCUACCUCUUCGUCGCGUCCUACGCACCCACCUGGGGCCCCGUCUCCUGGAUCUACCCACCCGAGCUGUUCCCGCUCCGCGUGCGCGGCAAAGCCGUCGCCAUCACCACCGCAUCCAACUGGAUCUUCAACUUCGCGCUCAGCUACUUCGUGCCGCCCGCGUUCGUCAACAUCCAGUGGAAGGUUUACAUCAUCUUCGGUGUGUUCUGCACGGCCAUGGCCAUCCACGUGUUCUUCUGCUUCCCUGAGACGAGUGGUAAGACUUUAGAAGAUGUGGAAGAGAUGUUUAUGGCAGGUAUCCCGGCGUGGAGGACGCAUGUGGAUUACCAGAGCACGAGGAGAGCGGAGGCAGGUGACCUAAGCGAUAAGGAAAAGGCACUGCAUCACGAGCAGAGUCCUGAGAGGCUGGAGGACGCGCCGAAGGUUUAGGUUGUG